CCACUCGGUGGGUUCGCCGAGUUCCCGGAUGUAUCUUUCUCUUUUCUCUGCAAAAUGGCGGACGCAGAGGCGAAAAAGCUUCCGAAGGUUCCUGAGAGCCUGUUGAAGAAAAGGAAGCGUUUUGAACAGCUGAAGGCCCAGCGGGCUAAGGCUGCUAUUCUCCAGAAGAAGAAAAGCAAGGAGAAGAGGAAGAUCAUCUUCAAGCGGGCGGAGACCUAUGUUCGCGAGUACCGAAGAAAAGAACGGGAUGAGAUCAGGCUGAAACGCGAGGCCAAGAAGCACGGAAACUUCUACGUACCACCCGAGGCCAAGCUGGCAUUUGUUGUCAGGAUUCGGGGUAUCAAUGGUGUCAGCCCGAAGGUGCGCAAAGUUCUCCAGCUCCUGCGUCUGAGGCAGAUCUUCAACGGGACCUUCGUGAAACUGAACAAGGCUUCUCUCAACAUGCUGAAGAUCGCCGAGCCCUACAUCGCUUGGGGAUACCCCAACCUGAAGACUGUUCGGGAACUCAUCUACAAGCGGGGCUAUGGCAAGAUCCAGAAGAGAAGAAUUGCUCUGACAGACAAUGCCCUCAUUGAAGAGAAUUUAGGCAAGAGUGGCAUCAUCUGUAUCGAGGACCUCAUCCACGAGAUCUUCAGUGUCGGUCCCAACUUCAGGGCAGCCAACAACUUCCUCUGGCCGUUCAAGCUGUCCUCCCCUCGUGGAGGGAUGCGCAAGAAGGGCAACCACUUCGUCGAGGGCGGUGACUUCGGAAACAGAGAAGACAAGAUCAACUGCUUCAUCCGCCAGAUGAAUUAGAUCCACCACCUGAUGUUUCUGUCUCCUGACAGAUCAAUGAAUAAAAACCCUGCUCACAAAUAGAA